UCGCUGGUCGCUGCAAUGGAAGUAAACAGGGACGAAGCGGAGCGCUGCAUCGACAUCGCUACUGCGGCGUUGACCAACGAGCAGCCGGAGAAAGCGCAGCGGUUCCUGGAGAAGGCGCAGAGACUCUUCCCGACAGAGAAAGCCAAGGUGCUGCUGGAGCUGAUAGCAAAGAAUGGAUUUACGCCCAGACAAGGAGGCGGUCACCCAGACGUCAAUGGAGUCUCUGGGCCUAGACAACGGCAGACCCACAGCGAGGAUCGCAGACCUGAAGAAAAACCUUCUGAUACCUCAAAAUCCUAUACGGCAGAUCAGCUAGAUGCUGUGAGGAGGAUAAAACAAUGUAAAGACUUUUAUGAGAUUCUUGGAGUCCAAGCUGACGCCUCCGAGGAUGAACUCAAAAGAUCGUAUAGGAAACUUGCUUUGAAAUUCCAUCCAGACAAGAAUCACGCUCCAGGUGCUACGGAGGCAUUUAAAGCUAUUGGGAAUGCGUACGCUGUUCUGAGUAAUGCCAACAAAAGACGACAGUAUGAUCAAUGCGAGGAAGAGAGGAGGCAUCCUUCAAGACACGGUCCAGACAAUGGAAACUUCGAGCCAGAUAUUUCACCUGAAGACCUCUUUAACAUGUUCUUCGGGGGAGGUUACCCGUCAAGUAAUGCUAAUGUGUACACCAAUGGGCGGAUGCGUUACCCAAGGCGAGAAAGAAGAGAGCGACAGCGUGAUGGAGGCCUUGCUCUCUUUGUGCAGGUCAUGCCCAUACUCAUCCUGGUUAUUGUGUCGGCUCUCAGUCAGAUCAUGGUCAACAGCCCCCCCUACAGCCUCAGCUUCAGGCCGUCAGCAGGUUACACGCAGAAGAGGCUGACGGAGAACCUGAAGGUGCCAUAUUAUGUGGGGGAGCAGUUCUCCAGGGAGUUCUCUGGACUGAAUCUGAAGAAUUUGGAGCGGACAGUGGAGGAUGAUUAUAUUUCCAACCUUCGCAACAAUUGCUGGAAGGAGAAACAACAGAAGGAAGGCAUGCUUUACAGAGCUCGCUAUUUUGGAGACACUGACCUGUACCAAAGAGCACAGAGGGCUCGCACGCCAAGCUGCGCCAAGCUGUCCGAGAUCUCAGCUUCAUUACAUGGUUGAUGCUGCUUUCAUAAAUCAAAGUUUCCAGAAUCAACACAAAAGAUUAUCGGCUGUAAAUAGAUGAGCUUUAUCAAUCUGGAGACUGAAGAUGACUCAACAAGCAACACAAACAGACCAGCACCAAUCUGCAUCAAACUGAUCACAGCAACUGAUUUAAGCCAUUUCUGCAGACUUUUAGUAUGUUAUAUAGAUAAAUACUAUUAAUAUAAUGUUUUGACUUGGAAGAAAACACCAAGCCCCAGUUUUGACUGGGAGCCAUGAAGCAGGCAGAGGUCACUUCAUGGUUUUUGUGAGAAUGCAGUAUGAAACCAGACUGUAGCGACAUUAGAUAUAGAUGUACGGAUGUUAUUUAUGUAGCAGUUUAUAGAUACCACAGUGAGCGCUUCCUCUUUUAUUUUACAUAGUCAAACCAGCUGAGACGAGUUUUGUUUGACUUCAAAUGCACAUUCUGAAACUAUGCAGGAAUAAUAUGAAACCUCUGAUAAAUACACUCAUAAUGUCUAGGGUUUGUCAGACACUUUAACACCUGAGAUUUGUCUUCUUCUGCUGUGUGUGUGAGAGAGAAUUAGAAAAUGUCCCUUUACACUUUGCCUCUUUCAUUUGCAUUCAAAAUAGAAUUACAUACUGUAACUUGAUGGCACUUCACAAUAAAAGCCAAGGGAAUGAGAGAUGUGCCUACCCACAAAGUGGGACUUUAACAGGUUCUAGUUUUUGAGCGUAAUGUCUGAUGAACAUCAUCUGUUGGAAAAAGCCAUUUUUGGCACACCUUUUAAGUUUAUAGUCUGCUAUUUAUGUUUUGUAUAAAGUUGGAUCGACAGACUAGGAAAACACAGAUCUUGCUCACCUUUUCCACCAUGUUUUUACU